AUGGACCAGCCAAACUACACCCAGCAGCUUCUCUUGCAGCUCAACCAGCAGAGAUCUAAAGGGUACCUGUGCGACGUGAUCAUCGUGGUGGAAAACGCUCUCUUCAGGGCUCACAAGAAUGUCCUGGCGGCCUGCAGCAGCUACUUCAAAUACAUGGUCCUCCACGAGAACCUCAUCACCCUGAACACGGAGAUGGUGAACCCUUCAGUGUUCAACCAGGUGAGAAGCAACCAAACAUUCUGAUGAUUUCUGUCCAGUCAAGGACAUGCAAUGACUUCUUGGGGAUUUUUUUUUAUUUCAGGUACUGGACUUCAUCUACACAGGCCAGCUGCCUUCAGCUUAUGUUAGCGUUAAAGGUGUGUCAGACCUUCUGAGAGCAGCGUCCUACCUGCAGCUCUCAGAUUUAGCAGCUCUCUGUCGCAGGAAACUCAAAUCCUGCGAGUCCAGUAACCAUCCAUCGUCUGCCAUCUUUCAGUUUAAGACAAAUGGACAUCCUCCGUUUGGCAAAAGCUUCCAGUCAGGAUCUUUAGAGGAUGGACAAAGUCGUCAAAAUGAGCUCCGAACAGACAAUCUGUUCAAGGACGAGGUUUUUACUUCACCAAGACCAGAACUGACCAGACAGAACCGGACCGGGAGCAUUUCCAGCAGUCUUCAGCAGAGCUCCCCUCACUCCAGCAUUUCUUCCUCUUCUUCUUCUGAUGAUCUACCUCCAAACUCCACCUCAGCUUUCAGUAACCCAGCUAUAGAUCAGUGGUACCCAACCCUAGACUGGCAAACAAGAACCCAUUUUAGCCAAGAGGAACACGAAGGCGAUCAAGGUGAGACGAUUCAGCCGGAUUGGAAGACAUCUUCAGAGGUGGAGGACCGAGACAAAGUCCAAGAUGAAGAUUCAGGCUUGAAGAAAGAGCUGCAGAAAAGUGAUGAGAGUGAAGGUGAAGAUGUGAAAGUAAGAGGUAAAAAACACCGCAGCUAUGUCUACCAGCGACAGCAGUCCUGGUUAGAACCUGCGUCAUACCAAAGUCCGUACAUGUGCAUCCCGUGUGGAAAAGGCUUCCCAAGCUCGGAGCUGCUGACUGCUCAUGUGGACUCACACAUGACUGAAGAAGCAGAGGAGGAAAGAGUCCUCAAAACCGAAGAUCAAGAUCCAGAGAGGCAACCUUCAGACUUCACCAGAGAAGCUCCAAACAAAAACCAAACCUCACCUGGAUACCCCUGCUCGGUCUGCGGUCAGAUCUUCGCGGAUGCCACUUUGCUGAAUCAACAUGAGAAAGGCCACAGGCCGACCCGGCCGUUCUCCUGCAACGUCUGUGGGAAGCUGUUCACCCAGCGGGGCACCAUGACACGACACAUGCGCAGCCACCUUGGCCUCAAGCCCUUUGCCUGCGAGGAGUGUGGUAUGCGCUUCACGCGUCAGUACCGCAAGAUGGAGCACAUGAGGAUCCACUCCAGAGAGAAACCUUACCAGUGUCAGCUGUGCGGGGUAAAGUUCACCCACCAGCGCAGCAUCAUCAGCCACCUGAGGAUGCACACCAUGAUCUCCUGAGGAUACGCCCUUGAAAUUGUCGUGGGAUGAAACAUUUAGACGAAAAACACUCAGGUUGUAUUUUUAGGCUUUUAUGAUAUGAACCAGGACUUUAAAUUGAGACGCUCCCUUACUCACCCCUCAUAUCUGUGAAGUGACGGUGGCCUUUGAGGACAAGAGGCUCCUGUGA